UGCGCUCUGGCCCCGAGUGCUGGAGUUUGGGGGGCCGGACCCUGAGUGUCCCCAACUCGGGGGACCACAGGGAGGGCUAAGAGGGGCCACCCCAGGCCGCAGGUCCAGCCCCUUCCAGCUGAUGGACACCGGCAGCUGACCCCCUUCUUCUCCCUGCCCCCCUCUCCCCACCCCCAGCAUGGAUCAGGUCCUCUCCCCCCUGGUUGUGACCUCUGACCCCAGGGUCUUCAACCAGCAGCUGCCCGAGCCCCCCGGCCCCCGCUGUGAGCUGGCACCCUGGGGCAGCCCUGAGCUGGUGCCUGCACUGGUCUGUGCCCUCUGCUGCUUCUUCAGCGUCGUCUACUGCUGCUUUGGCUACCGCUGCUUUAAGGCUGUGAUGUUCCUGUCUGGCCUGUUCGCCGGCUCCUUGGUCAUCUUCCUGCUGUGCUACAAGGAGCGGGUGCUGGAGACGCAGCUGAGCCUCGAGGUCAGCGCGGGCAUCGCCCUGGGCAUCGGCCUCCUCUGCGGCCUGGUCACCAUGUUGGUGCGCAGCGUGGGCCUCUUCCUCACUGGGCUGCUGCUGGGGCUGCUUCUUGGGGCAGGUGCCCUGCUGGCCACAGAGCCCUGGUACCGGCCUCCCUCGGCCUGGGUGCCGGCGGGGCUGCUGGUCGGGCUGGCGCUGCUCGGGGCACUGGUGACCCUGCGCUGGCCACGCCCAUUCACCAUCCUGGGCACGGCCCUGCUGGGGGCUGCGGGGCUGGUGGCGUGUGCCGACUACUUCGUGGAGGGCCUGGCCCUGGGCGGGCGCCUGGGCCAACGGCUGCGGGCCGUGCCCGGGCUGCCACCUCUCUGUUGGUACAGCUGGGCCCUGCUGGGGGCCUGGCCGGCCCUUGGCACACUGGGGGCCGUGGCGCAGUGGCGGCUCACGGCGGAGGGGCGCGGGCACAUGGAUGCGGUGCUGAGCCGGCGGCGGAAGCGACUGCAGCUCCUGCAGAUCCGUCGGCGGGAGGCGAAACGGCGGCAGAGCCACGGGGUGGGGAGCGAGGGCAGCUCCCGCCGGCAGCCCCCGGCCCGGGCCCGAAGCCCCGCCGACAGCCUCGCUCCGAGUUACCUCCGGAGCCUGCGGGGCCACCAUCUGGGCCUGGGCUCUGCCCCGCACACCGUCCUGGACCUCGACUACGACAGCGGCUCCUCUACCACCCCCCUCACCGUGCCCCCGGCCGGGCGCCCCUGAGCCCCCCGUGCCCCCACGCUCACACUGGGCCCCGAUGGGACUGUGGCCCCAGGGAAGACAGGGAGGGAGACCUGGGUUCCUGGAGGGCCCAGAAGGAAGUCGGGAUGGCGGCCCCCCUCUCCCACCCAGGCUCGUGAAUUCCCGCUCCACAGGCCUCACCCGGAGGGGGGAGCCGGGGCUUCCACCCUCCCCUUCCACUUGUCCUCGCUGUGUAACACUAACCCCUAACCCACCCAGCCUGCUCCUGCCACUAACCUGGCUCUAAUGCACCACACCAAUAUUGUGGGGGCGGGGGCUCACCCCUGGUCGGCAUGAAGGAACGUUUCUAACCCUUUCCAGCACCCGGAGAUAGAGUGGGGCAGGAGCUCCAGGUUACUAGGGGAGGGGUGAGGGGGCAACAAAUAAAAUAAUCGUAAUGGC